CGAACACUGAAUGUUUAGUAAUGCCUGUUAAAAGCCUCUAUGGUUUAAACAAAGAGUCAACACUUGCUAAAUAGAAUACACUAAUAUUUGAUUAUCACAAAUAAAACAGAAUGACUUGCAGUUUUCAACUAAGCCAAAAUGUACAUAUAAACUGGAAAAUCACAUAGAAACAUCGAUCGAGGUUAUAUCACUAUUCCGGUAGUAUACGGUAUAACCCUAGAUGUAUACUGCUUACCGAGUAGAACUGAAGCCAUCGGGAUCUAGUGAGACAUACCGGGGAAACGACCAGAACAACAUGUCUAAGUCAUACAAGCUAACGUACUUCGACGCAAGAGGAAGAGGGGAGUUUAUUCGGUUGAUAUUCAAUUCGAAAAAUAUCAAAUUUGAGGAUAAUAGAGUAAAACAACCAGAUUGGCCAGCAUUGAAACCAAAAACUCCAAUGGGCCAUUUGCCAGUGUUGCAAGUUGGAAAUGUAACUCUUUCAGAGAGCAUCACGGUUGCUCGCUUCGCUGCAAAUGAAGCAGGUAUUGCUGGUAAGACCAUUCUGGAGAAGGCCCAAGCAGAUAUGAUAGUCGAGUCAUUGACUGAGCUUAUCACUGCUGUAUUCAAUGCAGCAUUAAGCGCCGGCAGACCUGAUAAAGUUCCUGCUGCUCUUGCAGCUGUCAUUGCGAAGGAAGGGAAGACUUCUCUCGGUAAUGUGGAGAAAUGUUUUGUGGCAAACAACCCCGGUGGUAGCUUCCUGGUUGGAAAAGAGAUGACAUGGGCCGAUAUAUGCAUCUUCAAUGUGAUGAAUUGUCUGUCAGGUUUUGGACAGGACGCGGAGAAGAUCUUAAACGAGAACAGCCCAAAACUUUUGAGCAUAUAUAAGUGCGUCGCUGAAAACCCAAAUAUAGCAAACUGGGUGAAAACACGACCAGAAACUCCAUUUUAGAUGGGAUUUUGAAGUAUUUUGUUUUAUCGGGCUCAGGCAUACGCUAUGGAUCUGCAGAGUAGAGACUUCUAACUUUUCAAAUGUAAGCUGUUUGUAACAGUUUGCAUGUAUCACGGGGAACUGUAGAUCACUUGUUUGCACGUACAAACGUGUCACGAAACGUAUCUAUACAUUUAACAUAAUUUACCUAGUUUUCUGGAUCUGGUAUGUUUUGUUUUACGAUUUCUUUUAUUUGUUUUAUUAAAUGCAAUUAAAAAUCUAA